GGAAUCUUUUUUUUUCUACAUAAUUAAUGGUGGAUAAUGGACUAAACAUUUAAUAUGGCGUCUACUAGCGAGGAUAAAGAAGAAAACAUAGAUGAAAACGAGAACACUGAGAAAGACCCUAAUGAACAAGAGAGCGAAGAGAAGGGCCCUAAUGAACAAGAGAGCGCAGAGGAAGGGCUAAAUGGUGGAAAUAAUGAAGAAAUUACGCCUAGGACUCUGGAGACAUUACCCGAAGAACCAAGCGAUCUUAAAAACCCAGAUGAAGUUCUUGUGCCAACUGACCUGAAAGCUGAAAUAGCCGCCAACGAAAUCUUACUGACAUGGGGGCCACCAGCGGGUCUAUCUAAACACCAGGUCUCUUAUGAGGUAGAAUGGAAGAAACAAUCCGAUUCACAAUGGACAAAGGCAAUCACCCGGGACCACAAAUAUCUGAUAAAGAACCUGGCUACAGAGACUGAUUACGACAUGAAAGUUUCGGCGUACGAGAAAAUCAUCGAACCACAGGAACCAGAAGACUCGGAGCCCGAACCAGAAAAAGAGAAAAGUAAAUAAUAAGA